AGCGUUUCUUUUUCUCUCAGAAUGGGGAUUCACGGUCUUUCUAAGGUGAUCGGAGAUCACGCUCCCUCUGGAUCUAAAGAGAAUGAGAUUAAGAACUAUUUCGGAAGGAAGAUUGCGAUUGAUGCAUCCAUGAGCAUUUAUCAGUUUCUCAUAGCAGUGAGAUCAGAUGGUAGUCAGCUAACAAAUGAAGCAGGAGAAAUUACCAGUCAUUUGAUGGGCAUGUUUUAUCGAACUAUCAGGAUGAUAGAGAAUGGAAUCAAACCUGUAUAUGUUUUUGAUGGCAAGCCUCCUAUUAUGAAAUCCGGGGAGUUGGCAAAGAGAAAAGAAAAGAGAGAGGAGGCACAAAAAGGACUUGCUCAAGCAGAGGAAACUGGUGAUGCUGAAAGCAUGGAAAAAUUUUCUCGAAGACUUGUGAAAGUGACCCCACAGCACAAUGAUGAAUGUAAAAGAUUACUUAAACUGAUGGGAAUUCCAUACAUUGAGGCUCCCUGUGAAGCAGAAGCACAAUGUGCUGCAUUGGUGAAAUCAGGAAAGGUUUAUGCUACAGGAACGGAAGACAUGGAUGCUCUCACAUUCGGGUCAAGUGUCCUACUGAGACAUCUCACUUUUAGCGAAGCAAGGAAAAUGCCAAUAAGGGAAUUUUAUUUGGACCGCAUACUCACAGAGCUAGAACUUUCCCAUUAUGAGUUUAUUGAUCUUUGUAUUCUAUUGGGAUGUGACUACUGUGACUCCAUCAAAGGUAUUGGGCCAAAAAGAGCAGUAGAUUUAAUCAAGCAAUAUAAGUCCAUUGAAGAAAUCAUCAAACACAUUGAUACAAAUAAAUAUACUUUACCUGAAGAAUGGCCAUAUCAGGAAGCCCGAGAACUUUUCAAGAACCCUGAGGUUUUACAAGAUGCAGAUAUAAAUCUUAAGUGGGAGGCUCCAAAUGAAGAGGAACUUGUGAAAUUCCUAGUUGAAGAAAAAGGAUUUAAUGAAGACAGAAUACGUUCUGGAAUAAAAAAGAUCUUAAAGGCACGUAAAGGUUCUACUCAAGGAAGACUGGAUUCCUUUUUCAAGGUUAUGCCUUCGCCAAGUCCUCCGAUUAAAAGAAAGAACGAGGAUACCAAGGGAUCAAAAACAAACAAAUCCAAACCAACUGCUAAAGCAACAGUAAAGAGGCCCAAGUAAAAGGCACUUUUGAAUCAGAUAUCAUUUACAGUAGUGAUAAUUCUCUCUUUUUCAUAUGUACUGAAACUGUUGGUUAAACUUUAUUGAUAAUGUGAAAAGGCAAGCAAAAAGGUUAGAGUAGAAAUUUUACUUCUCCCUGUUAAUUGACGUAGUAAUGAAACAGAAUAUAGCAUUGGACAGAAAAGCAGAUAAUGAAAGGGAAAGAACUGAAAGAACAAGUCUGUAUUGAUUUGCAAAACCGUUUUACGUAACCAUGCUUAGUAGAGAAGAAAUUGCUUUCUGUCACCAGAUCUUUUGUUUGUCGUGAAAAUACAAAAUACAGACUCUAGUGUGUUCAUAUCGAGAAGAUCUUUCAACACCUGUAACACCUUGAAAGAAGUUGUGGGUAUCCUUGAUAUUUGAUACAUUGUUUUAGCUCCAUUGAGCGAGAGAAGCUAUCAUUGGGAGUUCCUUCAUCAGCCUAAAUCAUUAUGUUUCCUUUACACACAACGACUGACAACUAGUUAAUUUCGUACUAAAAUAGAAAUCACCAGACUUGGUUGGAAGGUAGAGGUAUGUGUUACAUUUCUAUUGAACAGACUUCACUUUCAUGACUGCAAAUAUAUGAAAAUUGUGUUUGCAAAGUGGAAAUUAAGAAAAGAAUAUUAUGAUAAACACCGCAGUAACUAACAAUACUUAUAAAAAUAAGUAGUUGUGCAAAUAAGACCUGAAAAAAGAAAAAAAAAAUUCAGGCUUGUAUAGUAGUUAACCCAUGACAUGCGAUACCAGUGCAGAGCUCUACCAACUGAGGUAACAUGCUGAUGGAGUUGGUAAUUUUGUUGGUUUGUGAUAAACCCAUGAAAUGAUAAAAAUUGACUGUGAAUAUGUGAAAAUCGUACAUGUGAACUGCAGAGUAAGUGAAUAUGACAGGUUUAUUACUAUCAAACAAAAUCACCAUCCCUCCCUUGGCUUAUUAGCCUAGUCUGCAGAGGUCAUGGAUUCAAUAUUCCCAUAUAAACCUGAAUUUUUGUAGGCUUUAUAUUCACUACUUCAUAAAAGCAUUCACAACUGCAAAGGUCGCCUUCAUAUUUAUUGUUGGUCCAUUGGAAUAAAAACAUCUGAAAAUGUUGUAG